GGAUGUAAUAGUAUUUUAAGUAAUGAUAUUUGACGAGUUUUCUGACUUCUUUCAUCGUGGAAUAUGCAACAAGUGCAUGACAUCUUAGGAUGGUGGAUAGCAAGAGAAAAAUUCUUCUCUGUUUCCUGUUGAGUGGCGCCAUAUUGAAAAUUCAAAGCACUCAUUUAAAAGACCAAAUACGGAAAGACGUGUGUAGUCCACCACAGAAUGCAUGUGCCCUGGCUGAUCAUGUUGACAGAAUCAUAGUCGAAAUGAGGAACGUGACCCCUGACAAGUUUAUUUUGGAGUUAGAACAACAAGCGAGUAGGGUUAUGCCCCUUCAGAGAAUAACCAGUGGUUACAUCCUCGGUAUUACGACUCUGGGAAGAGAAGGACUGGUGGACUUGCAGUGCCCUGCGCCAUUGCAAGAACCCGGAGUUCUACGACUGACGUUGUCGACGAACAACAUGACAGUCGUUCACAAUUGGAGGAGGUUGCUGUUGUUUGCAUUUAAGGGAGAAGCCAUCGUGAAGAUUGGAGACUUUGCAGCCGAUGUGAAAGUUAUGUUUGACAGAUUGAUGGCAGAUCCCCCUGAAAUAACAUCAUUAGAAAUAACGAGGUUGACAAUCACAGAAGUUCUAAAUUCUGGAAGUUUCUCUUCAUUUCUAAAUUACUUCAACACUUUUUCAGCGAACAUUUUCAAAGAAACCAUUAAAUCCAAAAUUAAAUCUGCAUUAAAACCUCUCUUCAACAAGCUAAUUAAGGAAUUUUAUGCUUAAACGAAUUUAUUUCAGUGGUUUAUAUAAAAACAGUUCUUAUAAAAGGGUUCAAAUGCAUGCAAGUACAAGUGCUCGAACUUCUCGUACUUAAUUAUAUUUAGCUUCAUAUAAAAGUUCUGCUCACUUUCCAUAUAAUUUGCAUUCUAAAUGCAAUCUAUAUUUUACACCAGGCUGCGGCCCAUAGGCUUAAUAUUGUACCAACCAAUUCUGAUUUCCUCGUUAAAUCAGGGCUCGAUAUAAGCAAGUUCGAUUGUUAUAAUAUGAAGUUGUUUGAUUAUUUGUAAUCGAAAUACAUGCAUUUAUACGAAUGAAAUAAACAUAACUAGAAUACAAGGUGUGAAUUACUUUCUUCCACAAUACCAUGACAGCAAACAUACAAGAAUCAAACAUAAUCAAGAAGUUUGUU